AUGCUGUUGAUUGUGUUGGGCGAACUCGCUACAGAGGAAGCACCUGUUGCAGAUGAAGUAGCUCCAAGUGAAGCAGCCACCGAAGAUGAAGAUGAUGAAGAUGCAAGGAAGCAAAGGGAAAUGGAUGCACUGAUCCAACAGAAGUUCGAAUUGGCAGAACUGGAGAGGCAACAAGUUGAAUUGGGGGCUUUGGAGGCUGACGCUACAGCUCUGGCUGAGCCACUAAACAACAACGAUGACUUGGAUGAACCAGCAAUUGCCGAGGAUACACCUGUGGGAUCAGAUGCUGAAGAGUAAUAAUUAUAGUUAUUAGGAUUUUUCCCCUCUUUGCGAUAGAUUCUCCUCAGAGUAGAGUUCCCUUGUAGAGGAGGUUGUCCAUAUUAGAAUAAUUUUACUACAAUGAACACUGGGAGCGCUAACCAACAUAAAACGGUCCAGCAGUGUUGCGCGUAUUACGCUGGAUAGCAAUAGCCGUGGAACUAGUUUCACAGUUCAUUCAUUCACCAUUAGUCAACAUACUGUCAGAUUUGACAGUCAAAACUUCUGUCAAAUUCACAGAGCUAUUCCAUAUUCACUGCUAUUCGGCAUAAAAGCGCGGAACCACUUUACGUUGGCUGAACGUUCCUAUUGUUUCUCAGGAAGCAACACAUUUACUUUGAUAGUUGGUGGUGUAUUGACUUUUAUUCAGAUCCAUUAUCCGUCCUUCUUAGGCCUUCAGUUUGUCAUUGUUCGAGUGAAUGCGUGAAAUAUUCAAGUACUUGUAGAUGAUACUCAAAAAGAUUAUAUGAAUUUGCUCUUUACUCAAUUACUUUAUGUUCGAAAUCUGUCGCAAAGAGAACUUUGGCAUUCGCAGAUAAGAUACAUCAUUAUAUUGCAUGUGGCAUUACCUAUAAAGGCAGACGCCCAUCGAGUUUGCAGUCAACUUUAUAUAGAAAUGAGUAAUGUUAUAUAUUACGAAUCAAUUAAUAUCAUAUCCAAGCUGCAAUGUCUCAUAGUUCUGCGAAUGCAUACUCAAAAAUACUGUAUUUUUCUUAAGUUGCUCACUUAAUAUAAAAUUUAAUAUUAAUUUAGUGUAAUUUCACGCUUUGUAACUAUCGCAUUUACGUUUUGCAUUUGUUCUUAUUCAUUGUUUCCUUUGUUAUUGUUACGGAUACGAAGAAGCGGUGAUUGUAAAUUAUAUUCUUUGAAUUUGAAAUACAGUCUCGUACGCAA